AUGGCCUCUCGUGUCGCUCGCAGUGUCAUGGGCGCCGCCCGCGCGCGUCCCACCGCUGCCGUCUCCUCCCUGCACAAGGCCGCCGUGCCCGCCGUUCAGGCACGCCUCCAGAGCAACCAGCCUACUCCCUCGCCCGAGCAAAAGGCCAAGAGCAUCCUCGACUCUCUCCCCGGCAGCAGCCUGCUGAGCAAGACCGCCAUCCUCUCCGCCGGUGCCGGUGUCUCGAUCGCCGCUAUCAGCAACGAGCUUUACGUCGUCAACGAGGAGUCCAUUGUUAUGCUGUGUCUGCUCUCCGUCUACACUGGUAUUGCCGUCUACGGUGGUCCCGCCUACAAGGAGUGGGCCGAGAAUCAGACCAACAAGAUCAAGAACAUCCUCAACGCCGCCCGCAAGGACCACACCGAUGCCGUCCAGAAGCGCAUCGAGAGCGUCCAGGACCUCGGCGGUGUUGUUGACAUCACCAAGUCCCUCUUCGCCGUUUCCAAGGAAACCGCCCAGCUCGAGGCCCAGGCCUACGAGCUCGAGCAGAAGGUCAACCUCGCCCACGAGGCCAAGUCCGUCCUCGACUCCUGGGUUCGCUACGAGGGUGCCGUCAAGGCCCGCCAGCAAAAGGAGCUCGCCGACUCCAUCAUCUCCAAAAUUGACAAGGAGCUCGAGAACCCCAAGGUCCUCAAGCAGAUCCUCGACCAGGCUGUUGCCGACAUCGACCGCAUCGUCGCCAAGGCUUAA